AUGUACAGAAGAGUGAUUUGCAUGUACAUGUACAGUCAGUGUCCUGUGCAACUAACUGUACUGUACGCGUGGGCUGGGAGGCGGCUGACAGAUGGGCCCUUCCUUGAAAGUCAAGCCAAUUGCGCCACCGUCGAGAAUGCAAACUUCGAGCUUCGUCCCUCCGCACGCCGUCAGGAAUACAAUGAAUCCCCCCACGUCGACGACCAACGAAUGCCGCUUCUCGAUUCCUGCCUGGCCGCCGAGGACUCCCGGCUCGAGGACGAUGCCAAGACGUUGAGGCCUGUGACCAGGGACGCGUGCCACCCGCCCAUCACCGACCCCAGCCAUGCACCGGCAUCGAUCCGGCAGACGAGCGCCGCCGUUCCCCAUCAUCGCCAUCACAUCCUUCCACUGCGCCACGCAACAGCACGCCUCUGCCCUUUGCCUCGCGACUUGCUACAUGCGUAUGCGGACCCGUCCGUUUUACUCUUGGCGACUGGUCGGCCGGACAGGCGGCAUGGAAUCGAUGUCGAGGCGGGCGGGAGGUGGAUCGUCGUGGCCUCCCGUUCCUGCAUGAAAAUUGCGGGCCGCUCCAUCUACCCAUGGGUACGAGCGAUACGGCCGGCCGCCGCUCGUGGCCGUGACGCCGCUGAGCGCAUCGGCAUGACUAUGUGGACGCAUCUAGGAUGCCUGUCUCGAAUUCCCGACGGCGCGUCGCCCAACCCAUCGGCAAGCACAUCCACCACCGCGGGCCCCGAUGAAUGA